UCUGCGUGUAUCAAGAUUCAUUGGAAAUCAUCGCCACGUGUGCUUAUUAUACCCUACAUACGACGCCCAAAAUAUGCGCUGUUCCAAUUGAUUCUAGACCCCUGAAUUCAAUCGUCUGCUAUUGUACUACUCGUUUUUCACUGGCUUCCACCAGAUGCCGCCAAACCCUUGCCAACCUGGAUGGCCGCCCGGCGGGAUACAAUUCGGUGGCUCCUGUCUCUUCGCUACACUAGGUGCGUAGGGAUCGCCGCAUGUAGGAAGGUAGCCAUCAUUCGGGCCGCCGCCAUCUCCUGUAGAAUAGUUAGAUGACGCUUGAGGGUGGUGAACUGUUCU